AUGCGACAUCUCGCCCGUAACCUACCAGGCUUCCAAGCACACUCUUGCAAGCCUCACCCACCGCACUCAUCUCCUCUUAUUCCUCUCACCCACCGCACUCAUCUCCUCUUAUUCCUCUCACCCACCACACUCAUCUCCUCUUAUUCCUCUCACCCACCGCACUCAUCUCCUCUUAUUCCUCUCACCCACCGCACUCAUCUCCUCUUAUUCCUCUCACCAACCGCACUCAUCUCCUCUUAUUCCUCUCACCCACCACACUCAUCUCCUCUUAUUCCUCUCACCCACCGCACUCAUCUCCUCUUAUUCCUCUCCCCCACCGCACUCAUCUCCUCUUAUUCCUCUCCCCCACCGCACUCAUCUCCUCUUAUCCCUCUCCCCCACCGCACUCAUCUCCUCUUAUUCCUCUCCCACACCGCACUCAUCUCCUCUCAUUCCUCUCCCCCACCACACUCAUCUCCUCUUAUUCCUCUCACACACCGCACUCAUCUCCUCUUAUUCCUCUCACCCACCGCACUCAUCUCCUCUUAUUCCUCUCACCCACCGCACUCAUCUCCUCUUAUUCCUCUCACCCACCGCACUCAUCUCCUCUUAUUCAUCUCACCCACCGCACUCAUCUCCUCUCAUUCCUCUCCCCCACCGCACUCAUCUCCUCAUAUUCCUCUCCCCCACCGCACUCAUCUCCUCUUAUUCCUCUCCCCCACCGCACUCAUCUCCUCUUAUUCCUCUCCCCCACCGCACUCAUCUCCUCUUAUUCCUCUCCCCCACCGCACUCAUCUCCUCUUAUUCCUCUCCCCCACCGCACUCAUCUCCUCUUAUUCCUCUACCCCACCGCACUCAUCUCCUCUUAUUCCUCUCCCACACCGCACUCAUCUCCUCUCAUUCCUCUCCCCCACCGCACUCAUCUCCUCUCAUUCCUCUCCCCCACCGCACUCAUCUCCUCUUAUUCCUCUCCCCCACCGCACUCAUCUCCUCUUAUUCCUCUCCCCCACCGCACUCAUCUCCUCUUAUUCCUCUCACCCACCGCACUCAUCUCCUCUUAUUCCUCUCACCCACCGCACUCAUCUCCUCUUAUUCCUCUCACCCACCGCACUCAUCUCCUCUUAUUCCUCUCACCCACCACACUCAUCUCCUCUUAUUCCUCUCACCCACCGCACUCAUCUCCUCUUAUUCCUCUCACCCACCGCACUCAUCUCCUGUUAUUCCUCUCACCCACCACACUCAUCUCCUCUUAUUCCUCUCACCCACCGCACUCAUCUCCUCUUAUUCCUCUCACCCACCACACUCAUCUCCUCUUAUUCCUCUCACCCACCACACUCAUCUCCUCUUAUUCCUCUCACCCACCGCACUCAUCUCCUCUUAUUCCUCUCACCCACCGCACUCAUCUCCUCUUAUUCCUCUCACCCACCGCACUCAUCUCCUCUUAUUCCUCUCACCCACCACACUCAUCUCCUCUUAUUCCUCUCACCCACCGCACUCAUCUCCUCUUAUUCCUCUCACCCACCGCACUCAUCUCCUCUUAUUCCUCUCCCCCACCGCACUCAUCUCCUCUCAUUCCUCUCUCCCACCGCACUCAUCUCCUCUUAUUCCUCUCCCCCACCGCACUCAUCUCCUCUUAUUCCUCUCCCCCACCGCACUCAUCUCCUCUUAUUCCUCUCCCCCACCGCACUCAGCUCCUCUUAUUCCUCUCCCCCACCGCACUCAUCUCCUCUUAUUCCUCUCCCCCACCGCACUCAUCUCCUCUCAUUCCUCGCCCCCACCGCACUCAUCUCCUCUUAUUCCUCUCCCCCACCGCACUCAUCUCCUCUUAUUCCUCUCCCCCACCGCACUCAUCUCCUCUUAUUCCUCUCCCCCACCGCACUCAUCUCCUCUUAUUCCUCUCCCCCACCGCACUCAUCUCCUCUUAUUCCUCUCCCCCACCGCACUCAUCUCCUCUUAUUCCUCUACCCCACCGCACUCAUCUCCUCUUAUUCCUCUCCCACACCGCACUCAUCUCCUCUCAUUCCUCUCCCCCACCGCACUCAUCUCCUCUCAUUCCUCUCCCCCACCGCACUCAUCUCCUCUUAUUCCUCUCCCCCACCGCACUCAUCUCCUCUUAUUCCUCUCCCCCACCGCACUCAUCUCCUCUUAUUCCUCUCACCCACCGCACUCAUCUCCUCUUAUUCCUCUCACCCACCGCACUCAUCUCCUCUUAUUCCUCUCACCCACCGCACUCAUCUCCUCUUAUUCCUCUCACCCACCACACUCAUCUCCUCUUAUUCCUCUCACCCACCGCACUCAUCUCCUCUUAUUCCUCUCACCCACCGCACUCAUCUCCUGUUAUUCCUCUCACCCACCACACUCAUCUCCUCUUAUUCCUCUCACCCACCGCACUCAUCUCCUCUUAUUCCUCUCACCCACCGCACUCAUCUCCUCUUAUUCCUCUCACCCACCCACUCAUCUCCUCUUAUUCCUCUCACCCACCGCACUCAUCUCCUCUUAUUCCUCUCACCCACCGCACUCAUCUCCUCUUAUUCCUCUCACCCACCGCACUCAUCUCCUCUUAUUCCUCUCACCCACCACACUCAUCUCCUCUUAUUCCUCUCACCCACCGCACUCAUCUCCUCUUAUUCCUCUCACCCACCGCACUCAUCUCCUCUUAUUCCUCUCCCCCACCGCACUCAUCUCCUCUCAUUCCUCUCUCCCACCGCACUCAUCUCCUCUUAUUCCUCUCCCCCACCGCACUCAUCUCCUCUUAUUCCUCUCCCCCACCGCACUCAUCUCCUCUUAUUCCUCUCCCCCACCGCACUCAUCUCCUCUUAUUCCUCUCCCCCACCGCACUCAUCUCCUCUUAUUCCUCUCCCCCACCGCACUCAUCUCCUCUCAUUCCUCGCCCCCACCGCACUCAUCUCCUCUUAUUCCUCUCCCCCACUGCACUCAUCUCCUCUUAUUCCUCUCCCCUACCGCACUCAUCUCCUCUCAUUCCUCUCCCCCACAGUCCCCUCACACCUGGCGGGCGGCCUGGGAGGCCUCGAGCUCCUCAGUGAGGGCGCUGGGCACGGCAGCGGCUUGCCAGUCCCACUGCUCUGCGUGGGCUGCCAUGUGGCGGCGGAAGGCGUCUCUCGUGGCCUUGUUGGCCGCCACCAGGUACGCCACUCGCCCCCUGCAGUCCCGCUCCGUGGGGUCAACUCCCUCCUGCAGCAGCCGCGUCACCUCCGCGUGGUUGCCUGCUUGAAGAAGAGCAGCGAGAGAGAGGAAAUAUGA